UAUUCCUGGCCCAGUGCGCCUGCGCGAAGUGUCCAGAGACCGAACUAGCCGGAUUAGCGGCAAGAACGACGGCGGCAGAGGCGGCAGCACCAGCACCGUGUUCCCUGGCACAGAGCCUUCAGCACCACUUGCCAGAUCUUUUGUGCAGCGGGCGCGUGAGAGGGAAGAACAGAGGGAGAGCGAGGGCAAGACGCGCCGAUCUUCCGUCUCUCCACAGCACAACCCACCUGCGGCUUCAGCAUCGCUCAACCUGCCUAAAUCGCCGGCUCCAUCCAGCCUGUUGUGAAGGCGGAAUAAAGAUGCCCUCGCCUUGAUUUAUUCCGGCCACCCAGUCCCCCCAUCUCGUUCCACCUUCGGCUUCAGGACAGAUAGAAGUCGGCCAAAUCACCUCUCUCUCUUUCUCUCUCUCCCUCUCCUCGAGAGGCGCUUCCUUGGCGAAGGAAUCGAGCGCUGUCCAUUCAGCACCACGCGAUCGUAAAGCCUUGCGCUUCUGGCGCCUUUCUUCGAUCGAUCCCCGGAGGGGCCCUCGAGCGGCGUAAGCUACAGGCGCGAGGGCCUCUUUUUGGGCUGCUGCGAAGUGUGAACUGCAUCAGCAGGGAGGGCGCCAAAGAAGACACGGAGAGGGAAAGCGAAUUUCGUGAUCUUUUCUUUCAGCUGGGGAAUGGUUAGCUACGUCUUCCCCCACCCCAAUAUAUUAGCUAUUGCUUCAUCAUCGCCAUCGUUUCUUUAGCGCCUUUGAAUUUCACGUGCUCGCUGAAUUUCUGUUCUGAAAAAAAAAAAAAAAAUCGACGCCGGUAUUCAGCUUGCUAUGUGUUGAGCUCUUCUGAAGAGCUGCCUCUUGCGCCUGCCUCUGCCUCUAGGACUGAGGUACAGAAGGAAUUUUGUUCUGCAUUUUCAGGGGAUCUGGUCUGAUUGCUGCUGCUGAGCAUCGGUAUAUGCCCUUUCUUCCUCGCACUGUAUUGUGUGUCUGUGUGAGCGUAUGUGUGGGUUGUGUCUGUAAAACCCUAUUUCACUGCCCUCAGUCUCUUGUUGCAGGCCCCUAUCACCACCCUUUGCAUCUUCUUUGUAGGUCAGCAGUGUGGCAUUGGAGGUAUUAAUUGCCACAGCCCAGCAAGGAAGCAAUCUUCCUCACGCACAACCAUACUUACCUCCCUAACGAAACACCCCUCACAAUCUUUGUUCUUGGAAGGAGCCUUUCAUCAGCAUAUUCUAUUUAUAGGCACCUGCAUCUUACAUCUUACAUCUAGGAGCACGCUGGCUUCCGAAUAAAGAAGUUGAAUCUGCCAUCAUUAACUUUCACUGGUACUCUUGAUUUUGCAUCACUUGCUGUGAAGGAUAUAAGUGGCUAAGAACAGUGGGCGUCUCUUGCCCGCAUGUCUAAGGUAUCAAGUUAGUUACUGAUUGCAGAUGAGCAGCCACCCCUUAUGAGCUUGCUGUGUGUUGUGCUUGCUUGGAUGAUUCCACGACAUGCCUAAUAAGAGACGAGAUGGGCCAGGGUGAUGAAAGUGAUCGUAUUGUGAUCAAUGUGGGAGGGACUAGGCACCAGACUUACCGCAGCACCUUACGCACCUUGCCUGGCACCCGGCUGGCCUGGAUCGCUGAGCCAGAUGCCCACAGUCACUUUGACUAUGACCCCCGUGCAGAUGAAUUCUUCUUCGAUCGGCACCCAGGUGUCUUUGCCCACAUCCUGAACUAUUACCGAACAGGUAAGCUGCAUUGCCCAGCAGAUGUGUGUGGACCUCUGUAUGAGGAGGAGCUAGCCUUCUGGGGCAUUGAUGAAACAGAUGUGGAGCCUUGUUGCUGGAUGACCUAUAGGCAGCAUCGUGAUGCUGAAGAGGCCCUGGACAGUUUUGGUGGAGCACCCCUGGAUAACAGUGCUGAUGAUGGAGAUGCAGAUGGCACAGGAGACUCAGGUGAUGGUGAAGAGGAGCUGGAGAUGACCAAACGCCUGGCCCUGAGUGAUUCCCCAGAUGGAAGGCCAGGGGGCUUUUGGAAGAGGUGGCACCCUCGGAUUUGGGCACUCUUUGAGGAUCCCUAUUCCUCCAGAUAUGCAAGGUACAUCGCAUUUGCCUCCCUCUUCUUCAUUCUGGUUUCCAUCACCACCUUUUGCCUCGAGACCCAUGAGAGAUUUAAUCCUAUCGUUAACAAGACAGAGAAGGAAAUUGUUGGCAAUGACACCCAGGUGCGGGUCUAUCAGGAGACUGAGACGGAGGCUUUCCUGACCUACAUUGAAGGGGUCUGCGUGAUUUGGUUUACUUUUGAGUUUCUGAUGAGGGUCAUUUUCUGCCCCAACAAGAUGGAAUUUAUCAAAAAUACCUUGAAUAUCAUUGACUUUGUGGCCAUUCUCCCUUUUUACCUGGAGGUUGGACUCAGUGGCCUGUCUUCCAAAGCCGCUAAGGAUGUCUUGGGCUUCUUGCGGGUAGUCCGGUUUGUGCGAAUUCUGCGAAUUUUCAAGCUGACCCGCCAUUUCGUAGGACUGCGGGUUUUGGGUCAUACUCUCCGUGCCAGCACAAAUGAAUUCUUGCUGCUCAUCAUCUUCUUGGCACUGGGCGUCUUAAUCUUUGCCACGAUGAUCUACUAUGCUGAGAGAAUAGGUGCUAAACCCAAUGACCCUAGUGCCAGUGAACACACACAUUUUAAAAAUAUUCCCAUUGGCUUCUGGUGGGCUGUUGUCACCAUGACUACCCUGGGCUACGGAGACAUGUAUCCUCAGACUUGGUCAGGCAUGCUGGUGGGGGCCCUCUGUGCUCUCGCAGGCGUGCUGACCAUUGCCAUGCCUGUACCCGUCAUUGUGAACAAUUUUGGAAUGUAUUACUCCUUAGCUAUGGCUAAGCAGAAGCUACCAAAGAAAAAAAAGAAGCAUAUCCCGCGGCCGCCCCAGCUGGGAUCCCCCAAUUAUUGUAAAUCUGUCAUAAACUCUCCACACCACAGUACUCAGAGCGACACAUGCCCACUCGCCCAAGAAGAAAUGUUAGAAAUUAACAGAGCAGAUUCGAAACUGAAUGGGGAGGUGGCCAAGGCAGCGCUGGCAAACGAAGAAUGUCCCCACAUAGACCAGGCUAUGUCGCCUGAGGAAGCUCUGCCAUUUACCCAUUCUGGCACUCGGGAGAGAUAUGGACCUUGCUUCCUCUUAUCAACCGGGGAAUAUCCCUGCCCGCCUGAUGGAGGAAUAAGAAAGGAUCUUUGCAAAGAAAGUCCUGUCAUUGCUAAAUAUAUGCCAACAGAGGCAGUCAAAGUGACUUGACAUGGAGAAAACGAGAUGGACAAUGAUGGCUUAUAAACGUCUGGGUGGAACUAUGCAGGCAUAGAAGAACUCUUCUUUGGACAAAUGUAAUCUCCC